CUUCUCUUCAAAGAAGAGAAAGUUUGCGACCGACAAUACUUCACACAUACACGCACAUACUAUCCUACAACUGCUCGUGCCAUUUGGACUUCUUAACGUUGAGUUCAAGAUCUUCCUGACCUGUUGUUGGGUUGUGUGCCAUCUUGCCAACAUGAAGGAUUUACACUGGAGUCUCUUUGUUCUCUGCAUCAUAUCGAGCACUGCAGGUGUGGAGGUGGUGGGUCCUGAUGGUCCUGUAGUUGGUGUGGUUGGUGAAGACCUGAUCCUGUCCUGCUUCCUGAAGUCCCACACCAGCGCAGUGGAUGAUGAGGUGACGUGGCUGAUUGGGUCUAAAGUUGUGCAUCAUCACAAAAGUCGCCAGGACUGGACCGACCAGCAGCUCCCAGCCUACAGAGGGAGGACCAGUCUGUUCACAGAGGAACUGCAGAGAGGAAACCUCUCACUGAAGAUCAGAAAUAUCACACUCUCAGACGCAAACACAUACCGGUGUUACAUUGCAACUGACACCAUGCCUGUUGAAGUGACAGUGUCUGUCAAAGUGGAGACUGUUGGCUCCACUCCAAACAUCUCGGCGGAGAGCUUGGGAAGUGGAGACGUGCGUCUGCAGUGUGAAUCCUCAGGCUGGUCUUCCGAGCCCCAGAUGGAGUGGCUGGACAGUGAGGGCCGGACUCUCCGAGAUCGAGCUGAACCCACAAUGUUCCAGAGGCUUGCUGAGGGACUCAGAGUGCAGAGCUCCGUCACUGUGGAGCAGAGUGACGGCAACAGGUUUCUCUGCAGAGUGACAAGCCCAGGACAGACCAGAGAAAUGGAGGUGCAAGUCCCGCGUAUCACAGGGUGGGGGUAUCUUGCCAACUGCAGUACUGGCCUUUGCCAUUGGUCUGAUUUGCCCAUGUUCGGUCAUAAUAGGCACCGUUAUUUGAUAAUGGCUCCAUUGGUGGUGAUAAUUAUUGGCCUAUGUCUACUUGUAGUCUUCAUGGCACAGAAGAUGUAUAAGAGAUCUGACGGGUCCAAAGAAAUGCUAAAGAAGAUGAAGGAAGUAUUGAAGGAGAAAUUGAAGUCUGACAUGUCCCAAGCAUGUAUGGAGAAAUUUGAGAAAGUUUGGACAGAGUUGACUCAAGAGAAGGGUCCAUUAGAGAACGGUCUUCAUCAAGCAUGAACACAGAAAAGUGGUAUCCAGAGGUCUGGCACAUGGGCUCAAUUUGGACUCCGUUUUGACUCUGUGGACAUGGACAACAUUUUAUUUAUUGACAUUUAGUCAAGAUGCACAAGCUAGUGCAAAGACAAACUCCACAUUGAGCAGGAAACUGGGAUAUGUGACAUUUUAUACACACUUAUUCUAAAGAUAGUUUUUGAAACAGAAACUGUCAGGUGCUCCUCUAGAAUCACUAGUCACCAGCAGCACCUCUCCACUGUGUGGAGCCUGCAGGUUGGAAUCACUGCCAACUUGCAGUGUAUUGGACGCUUUCCUUGAAAAGCACUAUAUAAACGCAGUGUGUUAUUGUUUUCUGUUAAUAAUGGCAGUGAAAUGAGUACAGGUUUGGAAAGCCCAUUUCUGUCCAAAUGAGGGACAUCACAGAUGUACCCUAUAUGCUUUAACAGUCUAUAUGAAGCUUAAAGGUUGUAUCAGCGAUUGCAGGCCAAAAAAGGGCCCAAACAUAAAUGAUCACAUUCAUCUAAUCUUUCCUAAUGAUCCGCUAGCUGCCCCAUAAGCAGGCCGUCAAAAAAACGCGUCUCUGUAGGCAGCCUAGGUUCCGAGAUCUACACACAAAAAAUUUGCUAACAAGUGUUGCCAACCACUCAAAGGCAAAAUAAAGUGUUCCAACCAAUAACCGCCGAGAUGCGUGUUCAGGAGAGUUUCAAUUGCACGGGAGGGAGUAGCGAGGUAGCUCUCUGUUUUGUUUGAACGUCAACAGAAGUGACGUUACCCCGCCAUCGCUGAUACAACCUUUAAAGGUGCAGUCAGCGAUUGUAUGUGAUUUCAAGCCCAUAACAUGUUUUCAUCAUAUUCAGUAAUCAUGUCCUCACGACCGCUAGCUGUCCAUUCCAUGAUUACACUGUAAAAACCCCGGUCUCUGUAGGCAGCCCUGCUUACAACCCGUUUGCACUGUUUCUCCUUAGCUGGUACUGUGGAUCUUAUCGUUAUAAAAAGCCUUUUUAGCAGUAGUGAUGUUGGGCGCUUUAGCUCAGCUAAUCAGCACAUGGCUUUGUGUGUGGACUACACUGAUAACAUUAAUAAGCACUUUUUGUCUUUUAGUUGGCAUUUCAUGACAUGGUAUAAUGUUUUUGUAUUUUGUUGUUUCUAUGAACUGCCUUAAUUGUCUUUUUUUUUUUUUAUUUUCCAAAAGACUGGAAGUGUUUCCUGGAGUGUGCCAUGUUCUCUUUCCUUGUUUCUUAUAUGCUCUCAUAGAUAGAUAGAUACUUUAUUGAUGAGUUCAUAACUUAUAUGCUGGGGAACAGAGAACCAAGGCCAACUCUACUGUGCAGCUAUUUAUUAAAUAAGGCCAACUCUACUGUGCUGUACACAAGGUGCUGGGUUUUUGGUGAUUUCAAAACAGACAUCAGUGUUCACCCAGCCUAGGGACCACGGUCUAACUGGUGCCUUUGGGUUCACCCAGCCUAGGGACCCACAGUCUGACUGGUGCUUCUGGGUUCACCCAGCCUAGGGACCCACAGUCUGACUGGUGCUUCUGGGUUCACCCAGCCUAGGGACCCACAGUCUGACUGGUGCUUCUGGGUUCACCCAGCUUAGGAACCCACAGUCUGACUGGUGCUAGACCAAUAACAUUAAUGCAAAGCCAGCCACAAUCAUGCAAUAUGUUGAUGUUUCUGGAGUGAUGUAGGAAUAUUUUGUCUGAUUAUUUGGUGUGUCAAGAGAUAGAUACUGCACAUUUUUCAGAAGUGUUCCAGGAGACCAUCAGGUUAACCAUCAGUGGUCAGUGUUCCAGUAGAAAACAAAAGGCUACCGGAGAGUUAUAAAUAAAGAGAGUUAUAAAUAAAGUAUUUUC